UGCUCUCUCAUUUUGAUCCAUGGCGACAACAGAGAGCCCACCGGCCGCGGCGCCGGCGGACCGAAGCAGCAAGAAGUCGAAGCUCGGAUUCUACGCGGAUCCCCGCUCUCCCAUCGCUUCGACACCGCUGAAACGUCAACGCACAUCCAAAGCGACGUCCGAUGGAAAGCCUGCAGCAACCGAGGACGCCUCAGCGUCAACUGAACUUACUGCACCAUGUCCGAUUGAAGAAGAGAUAACGACAAGGCGGCUCGAUAUGAACGUCGAGGACGAGGAGACGGAUGAAAGUAAAGUCACUAUUCACCCUACAACCACUGCCGGCAAACACAGCACCGCUGACGACGAAGUGGAUCUGUUUUCCCCUGCACUCAAAGUCGACGGCCGAAUCACGCAGACACUUCACCCCCAUCUCCCGAGUAUUCCUUCCACGUCAUCAACUACUGCCACAGUGGUUGUGCCAGUCCCGGAUAGCGCCGUCCCGAGCGAACCCGACGCAGAGGCCCCCGCGACACCGACAUCGUUGAAAGACGACGAAUCCGUUGUCGAAGUCGAUUUCAACCCAUUCUACUUCAUGAAGACGUUGCCACGGUAUAGCGACCUACACGACGUCGUUCGUCCCAUUGCGCUGCCUCCGAAAGACUCGACAGCGCCAAAGCUGUGCUUGGUGCUCGACUUAGAUGAGACUCUCGUGCACUGCACCAUUGACGACAUUCCUCAAGCCGACAUGAAAUUCCCUAUCGAGUACGAUAGCCACGAGUACAUAGUGUCUGUGAAGCGGCGACCAUUCAUGAUGGAGUUCCUAUCUCAAGUGUCAGAAUGGUUUGAAGUUGUAGUGUUCACAGCGUCGCAGCGCGUCUACGCGGAAACAUUGCUCGACUUGUUGGACCCGUACCACCAGUUGAUUCAACAUCGGCUAUACCGAGAGAAUUGCUUGCCCGUGGACGGCAACUACCUCAAGGAUUUGAAUGUUCUCGGGCGAGACCUCGCCCACGUCCUCUUGAUCGACAACUCGCCGCAUGCGUUCGGGUACCAAGUCACGAACGGAGUGCCGAUUGAAAGCUGGUUCAGCGACGAAUCCGACUCGGAAUUGCUCAAGUUGCUCCCGUUUCUCGAAUCGUUGCUCCACGUCGACGACGUGCGGCCUGUUCUCGCCAAGCAGUUUCAGAUUCAGCGACUCAUUGAUGCCGCCGUAUUGGAAUGAUAACCAUUUCAACGUCACGGCAUCCAUCGUGGUGGUAGAGAGUGAGUGGAGGAGGCUGUGUGCCCGAUGACUGCAGCCAAAGCCACAAGCAAUGCGCUAGACUGUUGGUUCUCGUCCUGUUGAACGGCCAUCAACGGAUGCAGUAGUCCUCUUGUCGAC